GGCUCUCAGUGCGCUCAGAAGAAAAGGAGGAAGCGGGGAGAGAGCAGCGCAGCGGCCGCCCGUGUACUCAACUGAGGGACAAGAUAACACAAACCCAAACAAAACUACCGACAGCUAACCGUCCGCUGGCCGUAUCGCCUCCACUCGGAACAACGCACGAGCACCGACUGUUUGCAACCCCAGAAACGGUUGUUGUUUUUGUUUUUUUGUUUUUUGUUUUUCAGCCACAAACUUGCGUCGCUCCGUUAAAGUACAAAUAAAAGACACAGAUAGUCGCAGAAUGGCAGACUCGGCGGCGGCUAACAGUGACGGGGAGGACGGACCCCGCGAGCCCAUGCGGGGCUUCGCGCGCCAGGGAGCCCUCCGCCAGAAGAACGUGCACGAGGUGAAGGACCACAAAUUCAUCGCGCGCUUCUUCAAGCAGCCCACCUUCUGCAGCCACUGCACCGACUUCAUCUGGGGUUUCGGCAAGCAGGGAUUCCAGUGUCAAGUGUGUUGUUUCGUGGUUCACAAACGUUGCCAUGAGUUCGUCACUUUCUCCUGUCCAGGUGCUGAUAAAGGGCCCGCAUCAGAUGACCCGAGGGCAAAGCACAAGUUUAAGAUCCACACCUACUCCAGCCCGACCUUCUGCGACCACUGUGGCUCUCUGCUCUACGGCCUCAUACACCAGGGCAUGAGAUGUGACCACUGUAUGAUGAACAUCCAUAAGCGCUGUGUGGCCAAUGUGCCGAGCCUGUGUGGGACAGACCACACUGAGAGGAGAGGUCGCCUCAACAUCAUUGCCGAGGUCAAGACUAAUGUACUCACUGUUACCAUCAAAGAGGGCAGAAAUCUGGUCCCUAUGGACCCCAAUGGUCUAUCAGACCCCUACGUGAAGCUUAAACUGAUCCCAGAUCCCCGCAGCGAGAGUAAACAGAAGACCAAGACCAUAAAGUGCAACCUCAACCCCGUCUGGAAUGAGACCUUUAAAUUCCACCUGAAGGAGUACGAUAAGGACCGCCGUCUGUCAGUGGAGGUGUGGGACUGGGACCUGACUAGCCGCAAUGACUUCAUGGGAUCGCUGUCCUUCGGCAUCUCGGAGCUCCAGAAGCUAGGAGUUGAUGGAUGGUUUAAGCUGCUCUCCCAGGAAGAAGGCGAGUACUUCAAUGUUCCUGUUGCUCCGGAAGGGGAGGAGGGCAACGAGGAGCUACGGCAGAAAUUUGAGAGGGCUAAGAUUGGUCCAGGCAAGAACUCAGAAGGCAAGUCGGCCAACGCUGCAUCACGGUUCGACUCCAAUGGCAACCAAGAUCGCAUGAAGCUGUCUGACUUCAACUUCCUGAUGGUGCUGGGCAAGGGCAGCUUUGGCAAGGUGAUGCUGGCAGAGCGUAAAGGGACCGAGGAACUGUACGCUGUAAAGAUCCUGAAGAAAGAUGUUGUGAUCCAGGAUGAUGACGUGGAAUGCACCAUGGUGGAGAAGAGAGUGCUAGCGUUGUCUGGAAAGCCCCCGUUCUUAACACAGCUGCACUCCACCUUCCAGAGCAUGGACCGUUUGUAUUUUGUCAUGGAGUACAUAAACGGAGGUGAUCUCAUGUAUCAGAUUCAGCAGGUCGGCAAGUUCAAAGAGCCUCAUGCUGUAUUUUAUGCUGCAGAGAUAGCCAUUGGUCUGUUCUUCUUACAUCUAAAGGGCAUCAUCUACAGAGACCUGAAGCUGGACAAUGUGAUGCUGGACUGUGAGGGUCACAUUAAGAUAGCAGAUUUUGGCAUGUGUAAAGAAAAUAUGAUUGAUGGAGUCACUACCAAGACCUUCUGUGGAACACCAGACUACAUAGCUCCUGAGAUCAUAGCCUACCAACCUUAUGGGAAAUCUGUGGACUGGUGGGCCUUUGGAGUAUUGCUCUAUGAGAUGCUGGCUGGACAGCCUCCAUUUGACGGUGAAGAUGAGGAUGAGUUAUUUCAGUCCAUCAUGGAGCAUCACGUCUCCUAUCCCAAGUCAAUGUCCAAGGAGGCUGUCGCUAUCUGUAAAGGGCUGAUGACGAAGCAUCCAGCAAAGCGACUGGGCUGUGGCCCAGAGGGCGAGAGAGACAUCAGGGACCACAGCUUCUUCCGCUACAUGGACUGGGAGAAACUGGAGAACAAGGAGGUGCAGCCGCCAUUCAAACCCAGAGCUUGUGGACGGGAUGCCGAGAACUUUGACCGUUUUUUCACACGCCACCCACCGGUGCUGACCCCUCCCGAUGAGGAAGUGAUUCAGAACCUGGACCAGGACGAGUUCCAGGGAUUCUCCUUUAUCAACCCAGAGUUCCCAGGAGCUGCUACCACCCCUGCCACCGAGCAGGCUUGAUUUCAGCUCAUGCACGGACACAUGGAAUCUCACACACACACACACACACACACACACAAACAUAUAGCUUACAUAAUCAUUUUACCCAGUAUCAAGCCUGUGUACCCCUGGAAUAUUCACAUACACACACACACACACACAUAUCAACUUUAAAUAUCCAGAAAUAUCCUGAUUUGUGCUAUCACAGGAACCAAGAAGCCAUGACUUAAACUGACACACAGAUAUACCGAGUAAGCAUUUAACAAAUAUACACACAUUUGUUGUUCACACUGGUGCAACCUGGAUGUAGAGUUGGGUACCGAACUUGGUAUUUUUAAGUGUACUGACCGAACUGCAUCAGUACUACCAAGUAUGUUAAAUCAAUUGGUUGUAAAUUUUGGUACCUGAGAAUGCAUUUGGGUGAGAAGUUGCAAAGCUGGCCUGAUGCAAAUCUGAGGAAACACCUGGUCAAACACAAGUGUGUCACGUUACUGUGUUUGAUAGCCCAAAAGUCCCAUUCAGCAGCCACAGUUAACAUUAGCACACCUGCAGGCAGCGCUGAAGUUAAAUGCUCCGUGCACGACAAAACUGUACCCAACCCUAUCUGGAUGAUAUGAUGACCUCUUCUGAGGGUCCAUGUGCCAUAAGAAAUGGCCUGAAUGCAUGUAGCACUAUAUUGCAGCUUUAAAAAUACAAUUUAAACUGGGAGUUUUAGAUUAGAUUUAAUUUAAAGAAAUCCUGUAUUUUCACAUGUUUCUAUGUGAUCAAAAUAUUACUAGUGAACAGGAUAAGAGCCACUGACUUUUUCCCAGCUUUGUUUUUGAGAAACAAGAAGCUUGGAAGUGUGAUUCGACAUAAGCUUUUGGGGUGUAAUGUGUGUUGAUCACAGUGUGAACAAAGUGUGUGUUUAAUUUGACAGACAUCAACAGAAUAAGGAUUAGAAAUUAAUGGUGACCUUCAUAAUACAAAAUUUCAAUUGAGGGACAAAAUUAUAUGUAUUUUUUUGCUGAUGAGUAACUCGAUAGUAAUGCAUUAACUGACACAAAUGCAGUAAAUGCACAACCUAACCACAGAAUAUUGACAAGUCCCCCCAAAACAACUGCAUCAUUCACAUAUAACAUAUCUUCAGCAUUCCAUGUUGACACAUUUUUUGGUGGAAAUUGUGAUUUAACUUUUCUUUUACUCAUUCCUUGGCUAUUCCAGCACAUUCUGAGUUUGGCCUGUAGUAAUGUGUGAUUUUUAUUCAGUGUAUAAUAAUAACAAUAGUGUCUGUAUGUUUAUCCUUAUCUUAGCUAAAACUGGAAUGCUUCACAUACUUGUGCAUGAGUUUCUAUAUCAGUAAUAGCCCUGGACUUUGUCUCCCAGCAGCAUUUUAGCAUCUUAUCUCUGCACCCCUGUGCUGCCAUUGUGUGGCUGUUUUUUCUUGGAUUUCAAAAUAUGUAUUAAAAAAACAUGGUAGGAGUAUGAUUUUACCUAGUGAGAUAGUGGAAGAUCAGAAUUGUGCUUUAAAAAGCAACAAAUAUUAGAUUGUCUGUGUCUUAUUUGCUGUUCAGCAUUUGGAUGAUGAUGGUAAAAUGCUGUUAGGAAAUGUAGUCUUUAUAUAGGCUUUGAGUCAUUUAAAUAGAUAGCUAAUACUACUUCUUAUUCUCUGAUUUUCUGUUAUCUAGUAUUUAAGCAAUGAAAGAGACUAGCAGUUAGUUUCUUUGUGUUUUACAAAAGCAUGAUUCCGAUACCUGGCUGUAUGUUUACAACGUAUGUGUGUGCGCAUAUGUAUGUUUUAUAUGUGCGUGAACGAGUACUGUGUAUGAAAAUGCACAUUUGCAUUUAAAUUUUUGUAUGUGUGUCCAUACCUACCCAGCACCUUGCCUGGCCUUGUAUUAACAUUUGUUUGUAUACUGACUGUUUGCACCCCCCUUCAUAUCAAGCAGUGUUGGUAUGAUCCACUUAGUACUAUACUCUGAAAGUGAAAGGAGAAAAAGAUGGAAGAAGAGAAGAAAAAAGCUGUUUUCCUGUGGGAAUGCAUGAUAUUGAGAUUGAAGCAAUUAGCGAAUAAUAUGAUGUUUCAGUAAAUUUCAACAAAAAAGAGUGAUAUUAGAGAAAAUGAGUGCUUAUGUGGAGUCUUGAUGGAAGCUGUACAUAAGUUGUUGUAGUCUUAAACCUUCUGUGCACUGCAAAAAUUCCAACGCUGUAGUUCCUGGAUAGCAUGACCAGUCAGUACUAGGGACGUGUUGCAGGUUAGGGUCUAUGGCCUGUUUUAGACAUGUAGGUUAACUACCUGAACAUGUCCAAAGGCCUGGAAGAAGUUUCUGUGGUGCAGCUUAAUUUUUAUGGUCUAGUUGAUUAAAGGAUUGGAGAAAGGAUUUGAGGCUCUACUCACUGAUGUGUUUUUCAAGUAGCCAUCUGCAUGCGCAAUAAGAAUUUCCAUCCUAACUACAGCAGCAGUAAAGAUGGACACCCAGGUUAAAGCUAGGCUUCCUGAAGCAGGACUGUGUGUGUGUGUGUGUGUGUGUGUGUGUGUGUGUGUGUGUGUGUGUGUGUGUGUGUGUGUGUGUGUGUGUGUGUGUGUGUGUGUGUGUGUGUGUGUGUGUGUGUGUGUGUGUGUGUGUGUGUGUGUUCUUUUGUUUUCCCCAGCUAGCAAUAAUGUUGACAAGAAGGCAGGUAGUGAACGGACCUUCAGAAGGCUCAGGUUAAAACUGUAAUUCAUUUACGUACAAAAGUUUAUAAGGCUCAUUGGUAGGCAGGUUUAUCUCAGCCACGGAGAAAGAUGUACCUAAUACACUUGAGUCUAACUAACAGUGUGUGGAAGUGACUGAAGUGCUUCCUCAUAUCACACUCCUCUUCAUCACAGGGGGACAUCAGGGACGUUUUUUUCUGCAAAGUGGACACAUUGGGUUUCACUGGUGUUUAUUGUUAAUAGUGGCAGGAAGUUGUCUAUACAGUAGAAGAAGAAGAAUGCAACAAUAUCAUACAGUUAAUUCACUUGAACAAACAGUUAUCUGCCAUGCUACCAGGCCAUGAAUAGGACUACAAAUAGGAGAUUAUCAUGAAGAUGGUAGCUGAUAUCUUAGAGUAUCUACAGUAUGGAAGUAACUGGAAGGGAAGUAGGUCUUCAUGUACAACUGGCUGAUAGCUACACUUGCUGUCCACUAGACAGUUGACUAGAAUUUGACAUAAGCUUUAAAUAUCAAACAUUUCCAACACAGUGUGAAAAAUGUCAUCUGCAAUUAAAGUUGACAUAAGCCACGCACUGAGGAUUUCCAGUUCUCUUUAGUUGCCUCAUCACUGGUCUGAAUAUUUCACACAGUCCCCCGUAAUGCUCUUCAAUCGUCCGAUGCUUUUUGGUGGCACGGAGACCUGUUACAUGAAGUCAUUUUGAUUGGGUUAAUGGAUAGAAAGAAAAACAUUCACUGAUUUAGGGAAGGUCAUAACUAACAUCUGCAUAAGGUCUGUCAUCUCUGUUAUCUCUGGUCUCAUACUUUAAACUGCUGGUGAGGUCAGCACAGAAGAGGAACUUUAGUGCUUUCACAUUUCGUCCACAAUUGUGAGUCUGAAAGUAAAUGCAACUGUUGUCUUUUUAUGACUUGACGACAUCCAUUACCUGUACCGUACCUCCAUUGUCGGUAUUUAUUACAGUCAGUGUCUCCUGUAUUAUAACAGCAACAAAUUACUAUAUAUACUUAUACAUAAACAUAUACAUAGCUGUGUCAAAUGUUUAUAUAUUCAUAUAGUUAUACACCAUGUGGUCAGUAUUGCAAAGGACGAGAGGACGAGAAGUCUUAACUCCAAGAUUUGUGUUUUUGUUUGUUUGUAUGGUUCCUUUCUGCUGAAGGAGAGGCAAAAUGAACUCUGCAUGAAUAAUGCUUUUACCUUUUUAUUAGUUAGGAUUUAUAUACAUUUAACAUAUUAGGGUGAUUCAUGUUUUCUGUGUCAGCAGUGCUUCAAAAGUAUGAUCCAGGCUACUGUUGUGUGCGCUAUGUGUGAAAAUGAAAUAUAGCUAAAGGAGAAAAAAAAUGCUUUUCACAAUGCUUUCCAUGUGCCAAAUUUUUUUUGUUUUUCAGGAAAAACAGGCAUACCUAAAAUAAAGGAUUUAAAAGAUG